AUGGAGAAACUAGGGAAAAGAGUUACGCCCACGAAUGAGAAGGUUAGUAACAACAUACCUGAUGAUCUUGCUUUGAGUAUUCUAUUGAAAUUGCCUAUGAAAUCUUUGAAUCGAUUUAGGUGUGUACACAAAUCUUGGUCAAAUUUACUUGAGAACCCUCAAUUCAUGAGAAUGUAUUACCAGAAUUUCAUAUCUAAAGAUGAUGAUCAAGUUCUCUUGGUAAAUGAUAACAAUUUGUUCAUGCUUUCGGGUGAGAGGUAUGAGAAGAAGGUUAAAUUAGAUUGGCCAAUGCCAUUCUUAGAGGGCAACAACUAUAUUUCAAUUUUUGGUCCUUGUAUUAAUGGUACAAUUUGUCUCCUUCAAGGCAAUUACUUCACACAAAAUAUUAUAUUGUGGAACCCUACGAUUGAGGAAUUCAAGGUUAUUCCUUCUGGUCUUAUCCAUAGUCCCGGUAUAGAUUUUAUUACAAUAGUUAAUGGGUUUGGUUAUGAUCACUUGGGUGAUGAUUAUAAGUUGAUUCGAUAUGUAAUUGGUUGCAAAUCCAAUGUAUUUGAACCUAUCAUGGAACAAGAGAAUCAAGUGAAUAUUCCAAAAUCUUGUUGGCAGAUUUAUAACUAG